CAUAACGGUUUUUUCCAGUUUUUCGUAAGGAUCGGACGUGCGUCGCGGAACAGUCGAGGGCCCAGCGUGCGUAACAUUUUCGUAGCCAAAAACCUGAGGGCAAUCGUUUGUUUUUGAGUGAGUUCCGUUGCUCGAUUCUCUGGAUAAUCUUAAAGUGAACUAAAGGUUUUUAAAGUCCAUAAUAAAUGCGAACCACAGUCAAAGCAAACAAUAAUUAAUUGCACCGCCAGGAAGAGAGCCCGAACGCUUGUUUUUUUCAUGUGUGUGUGUGUGUGUGAAUUUUGAUUCAAUAAAUAUCAUUAAGGAGUCCUGUGGAAGUCUGCCCAGAGGAGCCCGGCUUUGAAGCGGUUUCAAGUGUGGCAUCGACUGGUCGUGGUUUCCGUUUCCGCCAAACGAACAUCCUGGGACGCUCCCCACUCCAAACGGUGACCCAAAAGUGUUAAUUAUUUAUUCUCAAUUAUUUUCGCGUGCGGAAAAGCCCACAGAACAAGUGAAAGAAAACUUCUGCAAAGUGAAAAAUCUUGAAGAGUGCCAGCAGCCGGGGACAACAAAUAAAAGACAACAGAACAGAUCUCUCCCGCUCUCCCGCUCUCCCCGCCUCUCUCUCCACGUCCGUGCCAGCCCCAAAACAGAUGUGCCAAUUUGCGGGAAAACUCGCCAACGAUUGACGGGAGGAAUCGCAACGCCGCAAUAAGGAAAAUCCAUACCAAACACACAAUUUCUUGGAUAAGUGAUGAAGUCAUGAGACCGACAUUCGAUCGACGCCUCUGGAUAUUAUUGUUCAUUAUUUCAGUACAAUGCACCACCUAUACGCAACCACAGAAUAUCAAUGGCAAGUCCAUGCAGAUGCCGAUGCAGAAGCCAAAGCCCGCCGAGCAUCGAGCAGUCAGCAAGUGGCUGAGCAUAUCCAGGCAGGAGCCGCACAGCUUCCAGCUGCACGAGCAGCCGCAGGACGAGGAGGAGGACGAGGACGUGCCAGUUGACCAUAAGCCGAGCAGCAGAUGUGCCGCCGCCAAGAACUGCAGCAAGGCCAAGUCGAAGUGGGCCCGGUGGAAGGAGCAGCUGAAGGUGCACCAGGCCCAUCGGGCGGCCAGGCGACGGCAGCGACGCGAAACCGAGGAGGAGGAGCUCGAGCCGCCAUCUAGGCCCACCUCAGCCGCCACGUCCGUGUCCACGUCGGCGGCCACCACAGCGGCAACGGCGGCAGCCACCUGGACGACCUCUACGAGGAGCUCCUCCGCUUUCUAUGGCAACGAGUCGACCACGCCAAAGGCGAAGCGGGUGCGCUCCACGCUCCACCUGGCGCCCGAGGACCUCAAGCCCAAGCAGAAGGAGCCGGUCGUCAUCAUAGACGAUGUCGAGGAGUUCGACAGCGGCACUGGGGUGCGGGACGUGUUCGGGCGCAAGAGUCCGCGCGAGGAUGCGGACGACAGCGAGGACGAGGAGCCGCUCGAGCCGCGGGUGCUGCCGCUGCGGCCAGUGCCGCCGAAUCCCUACGAGGACGAGGAGAUGUCCGUGGUCUAUGCCGAGCAGCACUCGGAGAUCCGGCUGAUGUGCGAGGUGGAUCUGGACAUUGCCUCCAGCAUGUGGUACAAGAAUGGCCAGGUCGUCCACGCCAUGGACCGCACCAGCCGAGUCACCGACUACCGCUUCAUCAAGGAGGCUAAUGGGGCGCUAACCAUCACCAAUGUCAUGCUGGAGGACGACGGCAAGUGGCAGUGCGAGGCGGAGAACACGCGCCGCUACACGGAGAAUGCCCGACCCGUCAAGCUGGUGGUUCUGGAUCGCCCCAAGCCCCCGUAUCUGCUAAUCGACUCCCGUCGCCUCGACGCCGGCAACAUCUUUGUGCCCGUCAAGGAGAACUCCGAACUGAAUCUGGCCUGCAUCAGCGAGGGCGGCAAUCCGCGGCCCACGCUCACCUGGGAGGUGCUGCUCAGCCCCGGCGUGGAUCGGCACGCCCAGAAGGUGUCCGCCGAGGUGCUCGAGCUGGAGGAGAUCAAGAACGAGAAGGACAAGAAUGGCUACAAAAUCAACAGCGGGGCCAAGAGCGAGGCCCGUCUUGCGGCCGUGUAUCGAGCACAUCACAACGCCCGAAUCCUGUGCGUGAUGGAGCAUCCCACCCUGAAGAUACGCCAGAACGCCUCUCUACUGCUGGACGUGCAAUAUACGCCAUCCUUUGCCAUCUCGCGCACACCUGGCUUUGGGUAUCCGCUCCGCGAGGGCAUCGAAGUUAGCCUCAAGUGCGACGUCGACUCGAAUCCCCCGAGCACGCCGCGCUGGCAGAAGGACGACGGUGACACGCCGGUGCCGCAGACCGGCGAUGGCUUCCUCAACUUCACAUCGAUACGGCGCGAGCAUUCCGGCUGGUACAAGUGCACAUCCCGUCAUCUGAACUUCCAGUACUCCUCGAUUGGCUAUUACCUCAGCGUGCGAUACGAUUCGGUGGAUGUGACCUCGGAGCCCGACGAUCAGGAUGUGUCCGUGGCAGCCGCCUCGCACAAUCCCAAGGGCCAGCUGGAAGUGCAGCUCGGCGGCGCCGUCACCCUGCAGUGUCCGCAAGGUUCUUUGGGCUGCUGGUCGCACUUGGAUCCCAUUUCGGCACGUCUGCGCGGCCUCGGCUACGGGAGCAGCCAGCCGACGGGCCAGUUCUCGCUGAAGGACGUCAUGUACCAGGAUGCGGGCGUCUACAAGUGCGUGGGCCAGCCGCUGGCCAACAAGAAGAAGCUGGAGGUGCUGCAGAGUGUCACCGUCUCAGUGAAGGGCUCCCCCACAGCGACGGCCCUGAACGCCACGCCCGUCGCCUAUCCGGGCUCCCCCUUGCACCUCAACGUUGAGUUCUGUGCCAAUCCGCCGGCCCAUGCCGCCCGCUGGCUGCACGGCGAUCGCGUCUUCACGCCCGGCAACCAGUACGGCAGCACCGUCCUGGCCUACUCCGUGAAGGAUCUGCCCACGCCCUACUGCAAGGAGGCGCGCCUCACCUACGUCAGCAUGCACGAGCGGGUGCCCCGCACCUUCUACUUCAUUGUCUCGUCGCCGGGUGGCGUGGCCGAGGCCGUCUUCAAUGUGAACUUCACCAAGCGCCACCGCACGAUGUCCAAUGCCAUCGACGACGACGAGGAGGAGGAGCUCAACCGACCCGAGCAGAUCCACUUUCCCGUGUUCAACAGCAACACCGCCACCCCCGCCACCCCCGCCACAGGCCGAGGCGUAGGACAAGCCCUAGCUGUGGCUCUGGCUCUGGCUCUGUCUCUGAUCUGUGGCCAUUAACUUUAAGUGGGGGAGUGAUUGAGUGAUUGAGUGAUUGAGUGAUUGGGUGUUUGUGUGUGAGUGAGUGAAUGCGGAGUGAAUGCAGAGUAAGUGCUUUGUUUUUUGUGGGCCCUGACUCGUUCGUUCAACCAAAUGCUCACUACCCUAAUCUAACCCACUACCACUAAGCGUAGACCCCUACUCGUAUGUUACUCGAUAUUGCCACGUGGACUAGGCCACGCAACUACUACUCUCUACCCUAUACUAUAUAGCUAUACUAUAUGUACGUGUAUUUGUAUCUGUAACUGUAUCUGUAUCUGUAUUAGUAUCUGUAGCCGAUCUAGCCAAGCAUCAAAAUUUCCCUAGGGUCCUCUAACUGUAGCAGCUGUAACUGUAACUGUAUCGGUGUAUGUGUCAAUGUGUAUGCGUGUGCGUAAAAGUAAAUGCCAAAAAACGACCGAUAAAUCAAGCCAUUGUUACGAAUAAUUUAAGUUCCUUUUUGGAGGGAGAGAUCAUCGGAGUGCUCUUGCAAAGCGACUGAUUUUGUUAAAUAUUUUGAAAAUCUUUAGAGCCCAUACAUUGCAUGCGUAUGUGUAUGUGUGAGUACGGAUUAACCUAUAGUUUAAAAUUGUAAAUGACGAAAGUUGGAGAAUAUACCAGGCACGAACAAAUUCCUUCCAUUUGAACUGUUUGCCCCAGCGCAACGAAACUGUAAGAUACUUUGAGAAAGAAAUUUAAGCGAACGAUCAAAAACGAGUUAUUAUAUUUAAAAAAAAAAAAUAAUGGAGCAACACACACGUUACGAUUCCCCCAACACUUAUUUGUCUGUCUCAAUACUCCAUUCAUUUGAUGCCGCAAAUAGUUUGAAAGGACCAAAAACCUCUUCGUUUCUUAAGCCAGGGAUAUUUUUGUAACAAAAACCCAAAAACCAAAAACCAUUUGUGUAAUAAGAGACCCUCCACAUAAGCGAUAGUUGUACAUAAAUGUUAAAGUAGCGAUUGCUCAACCGAAUAGGGGAAUAGCCUAAGAAAUAUGUAGUGUUGAAUGGAAUUCUGUUUGAAAGCCACAACGGAUUCUGCAAGUAGCCAUAGAGCCCCCAUAGAUAUCCGCAGAAACAAAACAUGGAUGUAUUAUAAGAGAAUAUAGGAAGACACAUUUCAAUUAUCCGCUAUUGUAAAAUAUUUCAGUUGAGCCUCGUUCCGGGCCGGAUUGGGGCCAAGGCUUUUGUAAUUUAUUUCAUAGACGAUCUAAGCCCCCAGAGCAUUCAUUAUCCUAUGCGCAAACUAUAUAUGCUUACAAAUAUAUCUACAACACAUA